CAGCCUCUCUCCUCUCUCUAUAGGUCAUUGCCUUUUGCUUUGUCCCAGCCCUUUCCCUACCAGCUUCUUACAUGCCUGGAGUUCCAGCUGCCACUUUCCUACUGCAGCCUGUAAGGGAGAUGAUAUGGCAGCGAGACUCUGUACUAUGGGACAAAUAGAAUGAAAAACAGAUAACUGAUCAAACAUAAACCUGGAAGGUGAGCUGGCAGGUCUGGGAAUGCUGAAAGUGAAAAGGUCAGAAUUGGGGAGAAAUUAGGACCUCAUUACAGUAUAUAGUUAGUUCUCUGGAAUUUUUGCCUUCAUCAUCACAACUACCUUCUGGCAUCUUCUUCUAAUCAAGAAGUACAUGGAUUUUCUCUAUUAAAUUUGAUUACUGCAAAAAGUCAGUCUAAAAUCCCCAAGGAAUUCAUUCUCACCAAGAAUUACUAAUAUAGAAAGACCUUUCAGAAGCCACAGAUACAGAAUAAUUGUACAAUUUACAUUGAAUGCCAAAUGAAAGAUUAAUAUAUCUGACAAAUCAGGAUACCUGGUAGCUAAAGAAACUAAAUUCUCAGUAAACUGACUGGAUCUUUAUCGGGAAGUAGAAAAUGAUUCACUCCUAGUAUUGAAUGCCCCUUGUUUCUUUGACCUUAUUGUAAUAAUCAUCAGAAAAAGAAGGAACAAUGAACCUAGGGAAUCUGCCUGUCAUCAAAACCCUUGUGUCUCGUUCCAGACGGGAACGUGUGACAUUAAAACCAGAAAUGAUCAGCCCCCCAAUGGGGGACUUCCGACACAUUAUGCACGUGGGCAGAAAAGGAGAAGUGUUUGGGGACACUUCAUUUCUUACUCAACUCCAAGAAAGGCGAAGACACCACCGCUUGAACUACAUAACCAAAAAAUUACGCAAAGCAGGAUGGAUGCCACCACAAAGUCCGGGAAACAGAGGAAGAGUUGAUUCUCCUAUCAAUCCUCCACCUAAUGUUUCCCCCAUCAUUAAGAAUGCAGUGUCCUUGCCACAGCUUACAAAGUAUGGUUGGGAUCAUGAGAGGAAACAAGACAGAGAUAAAAUAUGGAACUGCCUUUCAGAACCAAACAGUCCUUAUGGAUUGGAAUCUGGGUUGUACACCCUUCCUCGCCAAUCAGGUUCACAGAUGCUGGACACCAGUUCUGAGAAGUUUGAUGAAGACUGGACAAGCCUUGCUCUAACAGAUGGUGAAGACUGCAGCACAUGCACUGUUCCGGUAGAACUGUCUGGCAGCCUUUGGCGAUGUGACUCAAUGCAAUCAUUUACAAUGGAUUUUGGGCCCUCUCUAAUGAGUGAGGUGCUAGAAGGGAUGAGCUUUUCUAACACAUCCCAAGCAAAGGGGGCCCAUGGUGGAGAUAGCAAUGGCCCCAAUGAACAAAGCAUUCUGCAAACCAGCAGCAACACUUCAAGCCUAAAUACUACCAUAGAUGACGACGCCGAGUGUGAACCAUUUAAUAUGCACAGCGAUGUCCAACAAAUAAAAGUGCCCACAUCUUGGGAUCAUGUCAAUAUAAAAGAGGAAAUGGAGUUAGAUAUAGAGGUGGACAGUGGAAUUACAGAAUCCGAACAAAGCAGCCGAUGCCUUACUACAGAAUUAUGGGACAGUGGUGAUGGUUCCGAAAUAGAGAUGUAACAUUUUGAUAAAUGUCAAAGCUAAAAUUCACUUUAAAAGCUUAGCCUUAAUUGAUAAAAUAAUACUAUCAUCUGUUGCACCCUGACUUUACAGCCAAUGUCUUGUUGAAAAGUGCCAAAGCUGGUGGUAUAUACUGUACUAACCAUGGCUAGUUAUCUAUUAUUUUCUUUUAAAGAACAGCAGUAAUUAUGUAGAAAAUGAGAGACUCCUCUGUAUGAAGCUAUAUGUAACAUUUAAGCUGGUCGCUGCCUCGUAUGGUUUCUGUAAUACUCAGCCUACUGACUACCAUGUAGCAGGUCACUAGUAUGUGAGAUGAGGUGAUUGGGCCAUUUAGAGAAAACAUGGAAAGUGACAAGGGUCUUAUUAAGGGGGCCAAUUACCUAGCUCGAGUGAAGGAAUAGAGGAAAAAUAGUUUGAAUUUCGAAUGAUCGAAUAUGGCUACUUCGACCAUCGA